AUGGUCCAAACGCGAAGCAGGGUCGCUGCUUUGCGCAAGGCCGUUGCCGCUGAACCUGAAGAAAGCAGCUCGGAUUCUGACAGCGAUGCAUCCAUCCCGGCUAACCCUCGCCCUUCUAACAUCAAAAGCCCAGUCACCUUGCGCCCCAACAAGGCGUCUUUGCCUGAACUAAACAAUGGGGUCAACAAAAAGAAGCGGAAUGCCAGUCCAAGCCUGGAGACGCCAGCCAGGAAGAGAGCCAGGGCCCAUGAGCCCACCGAUCCGGAGGACGAUGAGGGGGUAGACGAGACCGCCAUGCAUGUCAUCAACGCGUUUAGCAACCGCCAGACGCCGAACCCGAAGCAAAAGGGUAUUGAAGUCCUGCUUCGAAGCGGCGGCAAGCCUGCUCGACGAAAACGGGACGGGACCAGUAUUGAAGAUACGAUUGACGAGACGCCCGAGUCCGUUAGGAAUAACCGAAGGCCGGCGCCCGUUGUCGAAGAACCUGAGCCUGCAGAGGAAGGAUUGGUCGAGGGGGAAGAUUCUGACCAUGAUGAGGUCCAUCGAAGAAUCGCCAGGGAGGAUGGUAGCCCAGAGCUUGACUCUUCGCCCCCAAAACCCAAACAACCACAGCAAAGCCGACGUGUGGAAUCUCGAACCCUACAACCAGUCGCGACUGCUUUAGCCGCACCUCUUCGACCUGCUACUAUCAACAAUUUGAAACCCACGGCCCCGCCCAGACAAUUGGGCGAAGAAAAAAGCUCCAGCUCAAGUCACAACAUUCUGCCCACCGUCGAAGCAGAAGAUGAACUGUUUGUGGAUCAAGCCAAUAAUAGGCAGUCAGACUUGGAAGAGGAAGCGGAAUCGGACGAUGUUGAUGAGCAGGAUCGGCGCGAGGAAGAUUGGGAAAAGCUCGAAGAAAUUGGGGCACCAGAUAAUGGGGUUCAACUUGCCGUUAUGGAUGACCCAGAUGAUGUGUUCGAAGACGAGGAUGAGGACGACACCGCACUUUACCCAGCCAUCCAUAUUCUAGUGCCGGAAGUAGUGGACAAACGAUCAAUCGUAACUCUGGACAGCGAGCACCUGGACACGCUACGCGGGAUGAUGGGCAAGGAACAGUGGUCCGACUUGGGCAAGUUUUGGGAACUCCAAAUCUAUAGUGCAGAUGGCUUCCGCUUCGACUCUGAGUCACCAGCCACCACGCCUGGAAUUCGUUGUAUAAGAGCACUCUACGCCUUUAGAGAAUGCCUCGUUGGCUUAAAGUGUCCCCGUGAUCUCAGCAGACAGAACAAGCAUCUGGUUCGCGUGCAUCGCCAACUGAAUGAAGAGCUUACCAACGUGGCAAGAAAAAUCGUCAGGGUCCGCAACUCGCUGAAGCAACAGACAGGAAACUACAAGCAGCAGGUCUCAGCUGAUAUCCAGCAGUUUAUCAUUCCGACAUUGAUCCUCACUCUACGGGACCUGUUUUUGCUCGGCACUCUGGGUUAUAAAGCGCCACGGCACCAAACGCUUCCCCCCCUCCCCAAAUCAGGCCAGUUUACAUGCGUCACCGUGCAAUACGUUAGCUCGAUCACGAAGCGACUUUCAUUCUUGAUCCAGGAUCUCAUGGAACACUGCGAGAACGAGGUUGCAAAAAAACAGUUGGGAUGGAAUGAUUUCUCUCAGGUCUUUGAUGAAUGGAAGUUUGAACUACAAGAAAAGAUUAGUGCCGUCAACGAGGAGAUAAGCCGCCAAGAGAAGAUUGAUCGGGAUAAAGCAAUCAAGCAGAGGAGGAGACAGCUGCUGGAGAUUGAAGCUGCCAAGGCUACUGAGCAGUGGAACAGAAUGGCGGUGUCGACGCAGCGCUUGAGGCACCAACCUAGUCCGAUGGCGGAAAAGCAGCGUUUGGCGGACAAGUAUAUCUCGCCUCCUCAGGAUCCGAUUUCUCCGCCUCGGCCGCGCCCCGAUAGCAGCAGCCGACCGUACAGCAGCUACAUCGAGACUGUCCACACAGCUCCCUCCACAUUGCAACAACCACGGGUGAAUGCCCCCCAAAGACGAACUUCAGUAAUACGAGCACCAUGGCCUCCAUCACGGCGCCGUCUAGGGUUGGCUCAGUCUGAUCAAGCUUCAUCGGCGUCAUCGAUGAUGCAGUCUUCUGCGGUAAAGCGCCCCACGAAUCAGCCUCUGAUAAGGCAACCUUGGCCUUUGAUGAGACAGGCUCCACCGCAGUCAAGUCCAGUCCGGCAUCAGAAGAAGGGUGUUAUGGUCAUUGAUUCUUCGCCGGAGCCGGAAGUCUUUGCUGUCCCGGAUCACAUUGAUACCCCUAGCAGGCAAGCGAAGCCACGGGUCGAAUUAGAGGUUGAAGAAGUUGAGGGGGAAGAGGUAGAGGAAGAGGAGGAGGAAGAAGAAGAAGAAGAAGAAGAGGAAGUUGAAGAAGUGCGUGAAGAUGUUGAAGAAGAUGAGGACGAUGAAGAAGAGGAAGCAUUUGGCAAAGUCUGGGAUAAUGGGGAGAGGGCGUUUCUUGUUGACCAACUUGAAGAAGCGGCGGUAGAGGGAAUUACAAGGGAGAACUUGGAGGAGUGGGCUGAGUGCUUUGAGUGUUCUGUUCCAGAGGUUCGGCAGCAGAUAUCGAGCUUGCAAAAGGAAGGAUUGUGGCGGGGGUCGCUGUGA